CGUGACUCAUUUUGCGCAACCAAUAGGAUAAUUUUCACAAAUGAAAAUCAAAUAAAUUGCAAAAAAUAGUUUUUCAUUUAUUGAAUAUUUCUGCAAUUAAUUAUUCAUUUAAUUUCAAUUUGAAGAUGAUAAAAAUUUAAAGCAAUAUUUGUUUUUUCAAAAAUUACACACAAUUAUUAAAAAAAAAAAUAAAAAAAUAAAUAAAUGCUGACAACAUAAUAAAAAAAAAAAAAAAAAACAAGUGUGUACACAAAAAAAAAAAAAAUUUAAAAUUUAAAUGAUAAUUUUGUUUAAAAAUAGCAAUAAUAGGUAUGUCUUAAUAAAAUAAGUAAAUUAAAAAAUUGAUAAUGAAUAGUAAUAGAUAAUUAUUAAAUUAUUAAAAUCAAUUAAAAUACAAAUAGAAUAUGACAGAUUGAAAUAUUGACCAAUAGAAUUACUCGUUGAAUCGGCCAUAUUAACUUUCGCUACGGUAGCACGAAGCAUCGUUGCGUCCCCAAUGAAUUUGUCACUUUAAAAAAUAAAUAUAUCCAUGUGAAGCAAGUUAAUACAUGUGUAUUGUAGUAAAUUACAUAUAUGUAUAUAAAAUAUAUAAUAAUUGUGUGAGUUUGCGUGCAUUGUGUGGCACUUGAACAAUUCAAAGUUUAGGACUCAAAUGUUGAUGAGAAAGAGUACACUAAAAUUACUGACAAAGUGUCAAAUUAUUAAUCAUCACAAUUAUUAUAAUUAAAAAAAAAAGUGUGCAGGGAUCAAGGCGUGAUCGUGGUAGUGAUAAAAUAAAUAAAACCAUGGUUUUGGCUGAAAGAAAUUCGGAAAAUUUAAGAAAUGGUAGGCGAUCUCGAGGUCCCAGCCCCAAUGGACAAACCGAGUCUUCCAGUGAGGAGGAUGGAGUUCCAGCAGAAAAAAUAAGAGUUGGUAGGGAUUAUCAAUCAACUGUGCCUGACUUCAUUCCAAUCAGUGAACGACGAUUAGACAAGUGUCCUGAUCGAGCUCUUCUUGUAUGGUCACCAACUACUCAUAUUUCAGAUCAAAAAUUGGACGAGUAUAUAGUUUUAUCUAAAGAAAAAUUUGGCUACAAUGGGGAACAGGCAUUGGGUAUGCUUUUUUGGCAUAAACAUGAUUUAGAAAAAGCUAUACAAGAUUUAGCUAAUUUUACACCAUUUCCUGAUGAAUGGACUGUUGAAGAUAAAGUUUUAUUUGAACAAGCAUUUCAAUUUCAUGGAAAGAGUUUUCAUCGAAUAAAACAAAUGUUACCUGAUAAAUCAAUUGCAAGUUUGGUCAAGUAUUAUUAUAGUUGGAAAAAAACAAGAACAAGAACUUCAUUGAUGGAUAGACAAGCAAGAAAAUUAACAAAUAGUGGUAAAGAUGGUGAAAAUGGUAGUGAAAAUGGCAGUGAACUUGGCUCAAAUACUGACAGUGAAUCUGAAGAAAAAAUACAAUCAAAUAAACAACAAGUUAGUGCUUUAAAACGUAAAACAGCUGAUGGAAUUGAUGAUUUACGUCCACCUGAAGUAUCAAGUCGUAUCAAUGCACGAUGGACACAAGAUGAAUUAUUACUUGCUGUUCAGGGUGUUAGAAAAUAUGGAAAAGAUUUUUCAGCAAUUGCUGAAGUUAUUGGCACUAAAACUGAAGCACAUUUAAGAUCAUUUUUUGUUAAUUAUAGACGAAGAUUUAAUCUUGAUACAGUACUUAAAGAAUAUGAAGCUGAACAUGGUCCAAUACUUGUUGAAGAUGAAAAAGAUGAAAAGACGGAAAAUGAACAACAAUCAACAACAAAUGAAUCAGCUGAAACAUCACAAAAAAAUAAUAAUAAAACAUCAGUUGGUCCAAGUCAAACGUCAAAAUAACAGACAAAUUUCAUCUCAUAAUAAUCAAUUAAUCACUAAUAUCAAUAUAAUAUUAAUCAUCAAGAUAGAUAAAAAAUAUCAUCUAUAAAAAUUAUUUAUAUUUUUCAUUAAACACACGCGAUUAAUAACAAUUUGUACAGUAAAUUAAUAGGCUCAUUUUUUUUUUUUUUUCAUAUUUUUACUAUUAAGAAAUCUAGAAUUAUAAAUAAUAUUAAUUUUUAAACUAUAAAAUGAAUUAUAAUUAUUCAAUUUAAUAUAAUGAUUUAAUAUUUCAUAAUAUUCGGGGAAAAAAAAUGAAAAAGAUGAUUCAAAAUCAAUUAAUUCUUCUAUAUACUCGUGUAUUUAAAUUAGUAGAUAAAUUGUACAACAAAUAAUAAUAAUAAUAAUAAUAAUAAUGAUAAUAUUAUUAUUUUGUUUUUUCUUUUUCAAUGAUAUUAUAAUUUGUAGAUUAUUAAUAAUACAUUGGGAUUUUUAUGUUAAUUUUGCAACACAAUUUUUCUAUUUCAUAAAUAAAAAACAACAAAUUAAAUUAUUAUAUUAUAAUCGAACGAAAAUUAAUGGUGUGCAAAUUUUAUCCAUCAAUUUAUUUAUUUAUCAAUAAAUAAAUGAUAAACAAAUGCAAAAAAAUAAAUAAUAUGAUGACGUAUUUGAAGCUGUGACAGAGUUUCAUUUAAAAAAUUAUUAUUAUUAUGAUAAUUAGUGUGUAGUUUAAUUGUAAAAUAGCUCUAUUUAAAAAAAUAUAUAUAUAAUUAGUUAGUUGGUUGGUUAAUUUAUUAGCUAACAAGAUAUUUUCUGCACCAGAGUGUUUAGAGUGCAAAAAGAAAAUAACAUGAUUUUUAAAAAAUACGUUACUUAACGUAGUUUUUUUUUUUAUCGAAAAGAAGAAAAAUAAAAAUUGAAAUGAUCAAUUUCAUUGAUUUUUGAAUCCAAAAUUAAAUUAUUAUUAUUAUCACUGCUAGUGUAGGUAAAAAUGCUGUUCUUAUAUGUUUAUUAAUAUAAAAUAAUAUUGUUGAAAUAUCAAUUGUAAAUAAUUUAAUUGUAGAUCAUGAAAAAAAAAAAAAAUAAAUGAGUGAUUCAACAAUAUAUAAUAAUGAAUAUUCAUAUUUUAAAUUAAUUAUACUUGACUGAUGAUGAAUUAUGUAUUUCAAGAUAAAAAUAUAAUAAUAAAUAAUUAAAAAGUAUGUUUUUUUUUUUAUCAUAAAUUUUUAUUAAACUUGAUAAUUAAUA